CGAUGGCUCCCUCAAUUCCCAAUCGGGGGCCAGAGCUCCUCGCGGUCAACAUCACAUUUGUGUCAAUGGCCACAAUGGCCUGUGGCCUGCGCUGCUUUGUGCGGAUACAUAUGGUUAAGGGCUUUGGCUUAGACGACUGGCUCAUGGUCGCUGCGACAUCUUCGUUCAUAUGCUAUAUCUCCUUCUCUAUUGCCGGCGUCCACAAUGGCACCGGGAGACACCACAUAGACUUGCCACUCGAAAGCAUUCAGAGAGCCACUAACUACUGGUGGUACUGCUACCUCUUCUACUGUCUAACAAUGAUUGCGUCCAAGUUGUCUAUUGGAUUCUUCCUUCUGCGGAUUGCCAUCAAGAAGAUACACGCCUGGAUUAUUUACGGCGCAAUGUUCAUCUCUGUUGUUGCAGGCGCUGUCUUCUUCUUUGUCACUCUCUUCCAAUGCCGCCCUAUAUCCUACUUCUGGAAUAAGGGACAGGACGGUUCGUGCAUUAGCAUCGAGAUCAUUAUCGCCCUCGCAGAGCUGUACAGCGCGUUCUCUAUAAUAUCCGACUUCACGUUCGCCCUGCUCCCAACUGUCUUGGUGUGGAACUUGCAGUUGAAACGCAGGACUAAGCUUGCUCUCAUCCCCUUACUCACUAUGGGGUGCAUCGCAAGCUCCGCAGUAGUCGUCCGCACGCCCUAUCUCCUCCAGUUUCGCAAUCCGGACUUCCUCUGGGCAACCCUCGACAUAGCAAUAUGGUCAACGAUUGAACAAGGGCUUGCCGUGACAGCGGGAUCUCUCGCCACACUCCGACCCUUAUUCCAACUGAUACUCGCACGUCUAGGCUUCAAAUCAACUAGCAGGUACCCUUCCAGAUCCGGCAUGAUGUCUCCUGGAGCCAGCCAGAUAUUGGGCGGAGGCGGAUCAAUAGCUGGAGGAAGGAUGAAGAAGGGAAGUAAGGAAUUAUUGGACGAGUACAAUCUGAGUACGUUUGCAGAGGAGGCGAACGGCAAGGAAGAUGCGGUUGGCGAUUUUGGGGACGACAAAAAGGCAUUUGCCGUCAGAGCGGUGAAUGGUAGAAAUGUCCCGGGCGAAAACAUCGAUGGGGACAUCAAGGACCUGGGGUCGUCAACAUGGUUUGGGAGGUCCAAGAGGGGGUCUACGGCUGGAAUUGUGGGGUCUGGUAGUGCUUCUAAGAGAGAAAAGAAAGUUGCCAUCAGAGACGGGGAUGCCGAGAGCCAGAGAAGUUUACAGUCAAGGAGGAGUAGGGAAAGCCUCGAUCAUGAGAUCAGUGAUGGAAUGGGAAUCAUGGUCUCGACAAGUGUCUUUGUCACGAGGGAGAAGGUUGGGAAAUGAGAG